UUUGAGGGGUUUGUGUGGAUAUUUGGAUAUAUCUUCAGUGAGAGACCACCAGGGUCACCCCUCACGCCCGCCCCGCCCGGCCCCACAGCACCCGCGGCACCGCUUUCCCCCCGGAGCAGCGAACAGCGUGCCCGCUUCAAACAUGGCGGAGGCAGCGUCACCCCGCCCCAAAUAACGGAUGGGAUAGUCCGGGCGGAAGCGCGUUCGGGCGGAAGUGGGUCCGUCGUGAGUUGGGUCCCCCUUAGCCGGAUGCGCAGGGCCUGGCGGCGCGGCGCGAUGGAGGCCGGUGGUCACGGGCAGGAGGCCGAGGCGGGCGGCCAUGGCGGCCACAAGAAGAAGCACAAGAAGCACAAGAAGAAACACAAGAAACGGCACCACCACGAGGCGGGGCCGGCCCCGGGGCCCGAACCCCCUCGGCAGCCGCGGCUGCGGCUCCGCAUUAAGCUGGGAGGGCAGAUCCUGGGCACCAAGAGUGUCCCCACGUUCACGGUGGUCCCCGAAAGGCCGCACUCGCCGUCCCCCUCCCCUCUGCUGGCAGGGGACGAGGAGGAGCCCAGCGUCCCCAUCGAGCAGUACCGGGCCUGGCUGGAUGAGGACAGCAACCUGGCCCCCUCCCCGCUGCCCGAGCUGGACCCCGAGGGCUGCUUCCCUCCCCGGGAGGAGGAGGAGGAGGAGGAGGAGGAGGAAGAGGAGGAGGAGGAGGAGCGGCGCUGGCUGGCGGCCCUCGAGAGGGGGGAGCUGGACGACAACGGCGACAUCAAGAGGGAGGUGGAUGAGUCCCUCCUGACGGCCCGACAGCGCGCGCUGCUGCACAAGCAGCAGAGCCAACCCCUGCUGCAGCUGCCCAUGGGCGCCAAGGCCAAGGAGGUGACGGAGGAGAUGCGGGAGAAGCGGGAGGAGCGAGCGCGGCGGCGGCGGCUGCAGGCGGCCCGCAAGGCCGAGGAGAGCAAGAACCAAACCAUCGAGCGCCUGACGCGCACGCACAAGGCCAAGGUCAGAGCCCUGCGGGAGCGCCGCGCCCGCCCCGCCGCCUGCCCGGUGGUGCAUUACCGCAGCACCGCCGACGGCGUCACCGUCUCCUUCCCCGCCGGGCUGCCGGUGCCGCUGCCCGCCGCCGCCGCCGCCCCGCCCGCGCCGCCCGCCCGGCCCUGCGCCGUGCCCGGCUGCCCCAACGCCCGGCGCUACAGCUGCGCCCGCACCGGCCGCCCGCUCUGCAGCCUGGGCUGCUACCGGCGCAACCUGCAGCUGCUGCAGAGCGCGGGGUGAGCCUGCUGGGGGGGUACGGAGCCUUGGUGUGGGCUAGGGACCCUUGUUGUGGGCUAUGGAGCCUCAGUGUGGGCUAUGGACCCUCGGUAUGGGCUACGGAUCUUCUCUGGGGCUACAGACCCUCAGUGUGGGCUACAGAUCUUCUCUGGGGUUACGGAUCUUCUCUGAGGCUACGGACCCUCGGCGUGGGCUAUGGACCCUCAACGUGGGCUACGGACCCUCGGCGUGGGCUAUGGACCCUCGGUGUGGGCUAUGGACCCUCGGUGUGGGCCAUGGAUCUUCUCUGGGGCUAUGGACCUUCAGGGUGGGCUAUGGACCCUCUGUAUUGACUAUGGAUCUUCUCUGGGGCUAUGGACCAUCGGCAUGGGCUACAGACCCUCGGCAUGGGCUACGGACCCUCAGUGUGGGCUACAGAUCUUCUCUGGGACUAUGGAUCUUCUCUGGGGCUAUGGAUCUUCUCUGGGGCUAUGGACCCUUGGCAUGGGCUACGGAUCUUCUCUGGGGCUAUGGACCCUCUGUGUUGACUACAGACCCUCAGCAUGGGCUAUGGAUCUUCUCUGAGACUACGGACCCUCGGCAUGGGCUAUGGAUCUUCUCUGGGGCUAUGGAUCUUCUCUGGGGCUGCAGACCCUCAGUGUGGGCUAUGGACCAUCUGUGUUGACUAUGGACCCUCGGCGUGGGCUGUGGACCCUCUGUGUUGACUAUGGACCCUCAGCGUGGGCUAUGGAUCUUCUCUGGGGCUACAGACCCUCAGCGUGGGCUACGGAUCUUCUCAAGGGCUACGGAUGCUUUGCUGUGGACACGUGGCCGGAUCACCCUGACCGUACGGACACAAGGCGUUCCUGGAUUGUCCCCGUGGACGCAGAGGGACCUGUAGGUCUCUGCUGUGAGGAGCUCCAGACAUUCCACGUGGAUCCAGAGGACACAACAGGGGUUUCAAAGCCUCUGGUGUGGACACAGAGGUUGUGGCCACGCCACAUGGACACGAGGGGCCUGGAGAGGUUCUCAUGUGGUUCCUCAUGGAGACGCGGAGGUCUGGCUGCUGCAGAUGGAUAUGGAGAGCCGGGAUUGGAGCUGCAGAGGGCUCAGGGCUCUCUGUCAUGGACACGGAGGGUUGGGGGGGACUGAGGGUGGUCCUGAGGUGGGUCCUGGAGCUGAUUAAAGCUGUUGUUGAAGGA